GUUUUAUUGUUAGGGUUUCCAAAUUAAAUACAGCUCUCUCACUUUUUCCCCCCUCUCUUCGCAACUCAACUCCUCACUUGCACACUCUCUCCCCUCAAUAAACACCGUCAUCAAUGGCGGCAGGAGAACCACCACCGUCCGCCGCCAUCGUUAUCUCAGAAUCAACCCUAGCCCCGUCACUUAUAAAGGGCCUAGCCUCCUGCGACACCUUAAUCCGAUCCAAAUCCCUAAAAACCAUUCUCAAUUGGCUCUCUUCACAAACCCUAGUUUCCGACGAUGACUACAAAAAGCUCUGGAAAGCCCUCUUCUACUGCAUGUGGCACUGCGACAAGAUCCAGAACCAAACCCAGCUUAUCAGGCGUCUGUCCUCCCUCCUUCCCACCCUCCCUUACCCACUUUCUCUGUCCUAUUUCUCCCACUUUCUUCUCACCAUGCGCAGGGAGUGGCCCGGCAUCGACCACCUCAGGUUAGACAAAUUCUACCUUCUAAUUCGUCAUUUUGUGAGGAAUUUGUUUGUUUUAUUCAAGAAUGUGAAUUGGGAUUUGGCUAUUUUGGGAGAAUUUGUUGGGGUUUUGGAGAAGAAUGCGUUCUUUUUUGUUGAUGAUGAUGGGAAAGGGGAUAAUGGGUUGGGAAACGGGGUUACUUAUCAUAUUGUUUCGGUUUUUUGCGAUGAGGUUAAGCCAUUUUUGCCAGUGAAUUUGGGGGUGUUGAAUUUGUUGUUUCGCCCGUUUAUUGGGGUUUUGAGUAGGAGUGAUAAUAAGGUUUUGGUUGGGAAAAUUAAGAGUAAUGUGUUUGAUUACUUGAUUAAGAAUGCGAAAGGUUUCUUGGGGGCGAAAAAGUCGGGGGGAAGCAGUGAGGUUAAUGAGGAAGAUGACACGGUAUUGUUCGGAACAAUUGCGUUGGUAAUGGGAUUUGAGACGAGGUUUUAUGAGUUAGGUUCAUCGCCUGCAUGUCUUCAGGGAAACAGGAAGGUUAUUUUUGGGCUACAUGAGGACUUUUCGAAGUUGGAGAAGGAGAAGGUGGCUUUGGGUAUUGAUGUUUCGCUUCCUGAGGUUGAUGGUGAGGUGCCGCUGUUGGUUCCUAUGAAUGUCGAAGUGAAUGAGGUUGAACAGUCGACUAAGCCAAUCAAUGAGUCUAAAAAAGCUUCUAAAGAAAAGAAGUCUAAGAAGAAAAGGAAGAAGAAUGAGGGUUCCAAUCCUGGUGGAGCAAGUGUGAAUGAUUCUAAUGGAGAUACUGAAAUGGCUAACGUUGAGAGUGAGAAUACAGUAGUUGAAGAUGGAGGGAAUACAGUAGAAGUUAUCAACGAGGAUUUGAUUUCGAAUCUCCAAAAGCAAUUUGAGAAGAUUGCUGCUGAGUCAGGUUUAGAUGGUGAUGGUGUGAGUGCACUUGAGUCUCCAACAAAGGUUCAAGUGAGUAGCAAGACUGCUAAGAAGCGUAAGAGAUCAAAGUCUGUGUCGAAUGCGGAUUCCAAUGGUGUUGGGAAAGAAGAAGCUGUGCUAAACACAGAGGACAAGAGUGGAAAGAGAGUUAGAUUUGCUAUGAAGAAUAACAUUGUUUGGAAGCCUCAAAAUCCUUUACCACCACUAAAUGUGAGGAUACCUCCAUCUUCAACACCUAGAGGCAGUGCCCUGAAGAAGGGUUUAUCUCCGGGGCCAAUUAGGGAUUCAAGUCAUGAUCUUAAGAAGGGAAAGAAGAAGAAACCAAGUCCUCUGAAGAAAUCUAAGAAGGUGAAGAGCAUAUCCCCCUCACUCAAACGCGUCAAGAAGAAGAAGGUGAAGCCAAUGUCUGCUUAGAUUGUGGAUGAAGAUUGUAGCAGUUAGAAGCUCUCCUCUGUUAUUUGGUGUUAAACACUUUGAGGUCAAUAUCUUGUACUUGUGGAUUUCUGUCUUGUUUCCUGCAAGAUAGUAAGCUCGGCACUAAGCAUGCUUAUAUAGUUGGUUGGAUUUUCUAUGGCUAUGAUUUUGCUUAUGGUUAUAACUUAUAUCGAAAAGGUAGAAAAUUGAAUUAA